AUGACGGCCCCGCUGCCGCACUCGCCGCCCAUCGACGACAAAUCCCCCUUCGAGCUCAACCUUCAACACGGCCACAGGGACCUCGUCCAAGCGGUCGCCUUCAACACCUACGGCGACCGAUGCGCAACCGGUUCCGUCGACGGCCGCAUUCGCGUCUUCAACCGGCACAAGGACGGCGUCUGGCGCCUGUGCGACACUUGGACCGCCCACGGUGGCGAAGUUCUCGAGCUGCAAUGGCUGCCUUCCACCAUAUACCCCAACCUCGUCGCCUCCCUCGGCAUCGAAGGUUGGUUCAGGCUCUGGGCCGAGAACCCCUCGGCCCCCCCGGGGCGCCGCUUCUGCUCCGGCCGCUCCGUCACCGGUCGCCCUGCCUUCGACACCCGCUCGAGCCGGGCGCCGUACCGGUCCUUUUCCAUGAAGCACAACGAGGAGACGAGGCAGACGCACCUCGCCCUGCUCGCCACCGACGGCCGCCUGACCAUCUACGAGAAUGACCAGCCCGAGAACCUGUCCGAGUACACGUCCAUCGACGAGUUCUCCGUCGGCCCGAAGCCGAGCCGCGGCGAGGAGGUCUCCUAUCGGGUCCGCUUCGACCCGAACCCGGAGCCGUGCUACGCCGCCCUGCGCGCGGGCGUCACCUCGGAUGCCCUCGGCCUCGUCGUCGCCGCCAUGGAUGUCGUCAAGGUCUACAGGUCGCGCGACGUCGUCACCACCUCGUACGGCGUCUCCUCCACCCAGAAGGAAUUUUACCUCGCCGUGGAGAUUCCCGGCCACCGCGGCCUCGUCCGAGACGUCGUCUGGGCGCCGGGGAACAUCAGGGGCUACGACAUGGUUGCCACCGCCUGCCAGGACGGCUACGCCCGCGUUUUCCGCCUCGACACCCCGUACUCGGACGCCGACGGCAAGUCCUGGUCGGCCGCCGACCUCCUCAAGCCCGCCGUCGUCCCGCCCGCCAAGGACGGCUUGGUCGGCCAGGACGACGACGAGAAGCAGCACCAGCACCAGCACCCCUCGACCCUGAGCGCCAGUCUCGCCAAGUCGGGCGCCCAGACCGAACGCCAGUGGACCGGCCAGCCGGGACAGGUCGAGCACGUCUUCCGGGAGAUCUCGCGCCUCGACAGCCACCGUACGCCCGUCUGGCGCGUGGGCUUCGACGAUGACGGCCAGAUCCUAGGCAGCACCGGCGAUGACGGCCGCCUGCUCUGCUAUCGCCAGACGCCCGAUGGUGCCUGGGCCAAGAGCUCCGAGCUGGUCAUGAUGAAGGCUCGAAUGGCGGCCCCUUGA